AUGGCCCCUCGCCCCCUCAUGAUUUACGAGCCCGACCCAUUCCGAAUCUUAUCCUUGAACUGCCACGGUCUCAACAUCCCGGAGCGUAGGACGCAACUCCUACGGGACCUCUACGCCAGACGUAUAUCUAUAGCCUUCUUACAAGAGACACACUUCAAGGAGGGUGCAGCCCCAAUGCUGAAAAGUAAACACUAUCCCAACGCCGCCUGUAGUAACCAUCCCACGGCCCGCAGGGCGGGGGUAGCUAUCCUCCUAGAGGCGAAGCUACAAUUCCGCGAAGCAGACCGACUAUCGGAUGCAAAUGGCAGAUACCUCUUACACAAGGGAGAUAUUCAAGAAAGACGAUACACUUUCGCUACACUCUACGUCCCGAACAAUAACCAAGCCCAAUACAUAGGCAAAUCCCUCCUCAAGCUCUCCUCCUUUACGGAAGGAACCUUGAUCCUAGGAGGAGAUUUCAACGUACCACUACACCGACUUACCAACUCGUCUACGGGACACAGCUGCAUAACUCAAGGUGCUCUCCGAAAUAUAUUGAAAUCUUUACGGAACCUUCGACUGGUGGAUUGCUGGUGCGCAAUGCAUCCCGAUGACAGGGAAUACACCCACUACACUACGAUCCACAAACGCUACUCGAGAAUAGAUUAUAUAUUCAUGCAACAAGAACAGUUGACGAGAAUUCAAACAGCGGAGAUAGGAGCUGCACACUGGUCUGACCAUGGACCAGUCACUCUGAAGAUAGAUUCCCCAAGGAUGCGCCCAACCUCAUGGGCAUGGAGGCUCCAAGAUUAG